CUUAACUUCAACUCCAAAUAGCCCAAGAAAAUGUCUAGCCUUACACCACAAGUAGUUUUAGCUCUAUUAGUUGGCCUACUUGCUUUGAAUUCAUGCAGCGUUCAAUCGUUCGACUAUGGAGAUGCCCUCGACAAGACUUUAUUGUUCUUCGAGGCCCAAAGGUCCGGCAAACUACCCGUGACCCAACGUGUAAAGUGGCGUGGCGAUUCGGGCCUUCACGAUGGAUAUGCUCAAGGGGUGAACUUGGUCGGUGGAUACUAUGAUGCCGGUGACCACGUGAAAUUCGGGCUUCCGAUGGCUUUUACGGUCACAAUGUUAUCGUGGGCCGCUAUCGAUUUCAAGAAAGACUUAAUCAGUCUAAACCAAUUAGGACACACUCUUGAAGCAAUCAAAUGGGGCACUAAUUAUUUCAUAAAAGCAAAUCCUCAGCCUUAUGUCCUCUGGGCACAGGUGGGAGAUGGAGGGUCGGAUCAUUAUUGUUGGGAACGUGCGGAAGAUAUGACGACAUCAAGAACGGCUUACAAACUCGACCCAGAAAAUCCCGGGUCAGAUCUUGCCGGAGAAACUGCAGCCGCCUUAGCCGCAGCCUCGAUUGCUUUCGGGCCGUUCGAUUCUGCCUAUUCAAAUCUUCUACUAGUUCAUGCUAAACAGAUUUUCUCAUUUGCAGAUAGAUUCAGGGGACUCUUCAUCGACUCCAUAGGGAAUGCCAGGCAGUUCUAUACAUCUUCUGGUUAUAAUGUUUUGCUAGAUGGAGCUGGUGGACAAUACGCCUCCACACUAGAACAGUAUCGAGCCAAGGCCGAUUAUUUUACGUGCGCUUGUCUGCAAAAGAACGCUGGCUAUAACGUGCACUUGACUCCUGGUGGGCUUGUGUAUUUACAAGAAUGGAACAAUAUGCAAUACCCUGCCUCAGCUGCAUUUCUUCUUGCUGUCUACUCUGAUUAUCUGUACAAAUCCAAAAAUGUAGUCGUCAAAUGUCCAGAUGGUCAACUCCAAGCACAAGACCUCAUCAACUUUGCAAAAUCACAAGCUGAUUACAUUCUUGGAAAGAACCCAAAAUCGAUAAGCUAUUUGGUGGGUUAUGGACAAAACUAUCCAAUUCAUGUCCAUCAUAGAGGAGCUUCAAUCACAUCAAUUUCCCUUCUCCAAUCUUCGGUUGGUUGUGUCGAGGGAUUUGAGGUUUGGUACAAAAGGCCCAACCCCAAUCCAAAUGUAGUUUAUGGAGCAUUAGUCGGAGGCCCAAAUGCCAAUGAUGAGUUCUCGGAUGAUCGGUCUAAUUAUGAACAAACCGAGCCCACUUUAUCUGGCACUGCUCCCUUAGUUGGGCUUUUCGCAAGAUUGUACAGCCUGCCUGGAAAUUCUGCAGGUUCAAAUGGUCAUGGAUUGCCAAGACCUUCAACUCCUUACCACAAAUUACCACAAGGUCCAAAUGGUCAUGAAUUGCCAAAACCUUCAACUCCUUACCACAAACCACAAGUUGUCCCAGUUGAAUUCAUCCACACCAUAACCAACUCGUGGACCGUUGGCAAAGAAGGCUUUUAUCGGCACAAAGUCAUAAUCAAGAACGUCUCGAAUAAACCCAUUGUUGAGUUGAAGUUGUACUUAGAAAAUUUAAGUGGGUCACUUUGGGGUCUAAGCCCAACACAAGAGAAGAACACUUAUGAACUUCCUACAUGGCUUAAAGUGCUUGAGCCUGGCAAAGAAUGCACUUUUAUAUAUAUUCAAGGUGGUGCUCAAGCCAAAAUUUCGGUACAAAGCUACCAUUGAUCGAGAAAGAAAAAGAACGAUUUUAUUGGAUUUGAGCGAUAUAUAAGAUUUUUCGAAUUUGUGAUUUUGGUGUUUUUUUCUUUCUUUCUUUCCUUCUUUAUUUAGUUUCAUGUUUUUCUUGUAGAUUAUAUAUAAGUGAGACUUGGGAGAUAUAUAUAUAUACUAUUGUGAUCCUUGUAGUGUAAUG